UACGCAAACAAAGCCGAGGCCGGGAAAAUCGAAGGCUGCCGAGAGCUAGGGCGUGGUGUUGUUGGCACUGUCUGUUUCUCCCGCUGCUGGCAGAGAGUGUGAGUGGUUAUGUUUCCCCACCAUCGGCACAGAGAGGACGACGGCUCGCCCAAGGCCCACACUUUCUCCAUUACCAAUCCACAACGGUCACGUGACAGACAUGAAAGGAUUCAGAUCUCCACGGCCUGCAGGUCGAGCCUCGUUCUCAUCAGCAGAGACGUUCUAUCGAGGUCCACCGGAGAACUCACUCAAACACGUCCAGUAUCUCUCGAGUCAGCUUCUCAUCCGAUCACUACAUACACACCUUUGGAGACAGAUCGUCUGUAAGACUCUGCUUAUUUUUAAUGAUCUGCCCUCUCCAUCUUUUCUCCACUCAGACGCCAACCAACUUCGACCACCGGUUGUCGAGUGCUGCGUCCUCCCGCUCAAUGGUUUCCCCGGCAACCGAGGAAAACUUCAAGGAGAUCAUAGUCCUGGCCGAGGCGGCAAAGAAUGAGACGCUCAUCUGCCCUCUCUGCAAGGGAGUCUUUAGAGAUCCCUACAUCGCUACCUGUGGGCAUUCGUUCUGCAGACCAUGUCUACAGGGGAAAUCAGAUCUAUGCCCUCUGGAUCACAAUACUCUCUCUAUGGUCGUCAAGAACUUGGCCAUAGCGGACCAGGUGGGGGAGCUGUUGAUCCACUGUCGCUACGGUACCAAGCCCAUCGAGGACGACGCUGACGAGUACGAAGUGGACCCCGACGGCUGCCCGAUGAUCAUCAAACUUGGCUGCAGAGAAGAUCAUGAGAAGGAGUGUGAGUAUGCUCCUGUGAGGUGUCCAAACAGCUCCAAAUGUCCGGUCGUCCUCAAGAAAAAUUUGGGGGACCAUCUGUUAGUGUGUACCCACGUUCGCUGUCCUCACCACAGAUAUCACUGUUCAUUUGAGGGCACCAGAGAGGAGCUGCGAUCACAUCUGGAGCAGUGCAAGUUCGAGGGACUAAAGGGAUUCCUCAGUAGAACGGAUGAGCAUAUCACGGAGCUGCAAGAGGAGGUGAAGAGGAAGGACGAGGAUAUUGUGUUCCUUCGCUCCAUGCUGGCCUCGCUCUCCGAGAAGGUGGACCAGCUGGAGAAGACUGCCAUCGGGAGGAUUGAGGAGAUGGAGCAGAGACAGACAAAGGUUCAGAGAGAGGUGGUGGAGGCACGCCACGGAGUCAACUUCAUUCUCAACGAGGUACAGAAUGUUCAGAUGCAACUUGGAGUAGCUGGGACAAUGGAUACACACCACCUCUUCAAAUGCAAGGGGACCUUUGUCGGCCAUGCUGGCCCAGUGUGGGCAUUAUGUGUGGCGGGAGACAUGCUAUUCAGUGCCUCCUCCGACAAUACCAUCAAGGUGUGGGACACCACUAGUUUCAAGUGCAUGAACACUCUGACAGGACAUGAUGGAAUAGUAUUAGCUCUCUGUGCUCUCGGAGAGAAGUACCUAUUCAGUGGCUCGGUGGACCACAACAUAAAGAUGUGGGACAUUCAAAACACGGAGGUGGUCAGUACCAUCGGAGCUCACGAGAACCCAGUGUGCACCAUCACCCUCUCAGAGAACAGACUCUUCAGCGGCUCCCUCAAGAGCAUCAAGGUGACCUCCUCACCUCUCUCUCUCUCUCUCCGAUCUGGGACAUAGAGACCAAGAAACUGGUGCAGGAACUGCCCACACAGAACCACUGGGUCAGAGCACUCGUGGUCUCCGGGAAGAACCUCUACUCUGGAUCCUACCAGGCCAUCAAGAUCUGGGACCUGGAGAGUCUGGAGUGCACCCAGGUGCUGCAGUGCCACGGAGGUGGCAGCGUCUACUCCCUGGCUGUCACCGAAGAACACAUCAUCUGCGGCACUUACGAGAACAAGAUAUGUGUGUGGGAUGUAAAAUCACUAAAGAACGUUGCAGAUCUGACCGGCCAUGUCGGAAUAGUGUAUGCCCUCCAAGUAAUGGAGUCUCCUGGCUCAACUAGACUCUUUAGUGCUUGCUACGACAAGACGCUCCGGGUUUGGAACAUGCAGCACAUGACGUGUGCCCAGACCCUGGUGAGACACGAGAGCAGCGUCACUUGUCUCGCCAUCUCGAGAGGUCGUCUCUUCUCUGGCUCCGUCGACAGCUCCAUCAAGGUGUGGCAGUGACUUUUCACCACUUUUUUUCUCAAUCUGGACUACAUUCAUAAGAUGUCUGAAUUAUGUGUCACAGUUUUUAUCUUCUUUUGAUAGCCGCCGCAUGAAUUGGGAGAUUAAUUGCGCAUGCGCAGCAACUGAGUAUAUAAAAGCGCGGUUGCUGAGGGCGCGUGUGCAGUUCAUCAGGAGACAAAAGAAACUGCGAGCGAAAGGGAGAGACAACGGCCUAGCUAUCUAAAGAGAGAGAUGACAUUCCCAAAGUGGAGGAGCUACAGUUACAAGCCCCUGGAGUCGUCGCGGCACAAACGGAGGAACACUAUAGGCGGCGUCCGGCUCUCCAGCAGCAAGACUAUCGAUUCUGCCGCUGCCCUGUCACUCUCCGGGUCCCUGACUAGGUCCCGAGACGAAAAGACCACGCCGUCUUCACUCCCCCUGGUCGAGAACGGAACCAGCUACGCACCACCACCAGCCUCCUCCCCGACAACGACCGACGAUACUUUCUCGCCGGAAUUGUGCACCAGCGUCAGCCGUUACGAGGGACCUCACGAACAACUCGAUACCAGCGUCUCCAUAGCCCCUCACAGCAGCAUCAGUGGAAGAGGAACCAGGACUAGAGCCAGGCGAAGUCUCUCCGUUCCAGGAUGGACGAGCUCGCUAUUCCGGACUAGACUGAGUCUCCGCAGAAGACCUAGCGGGAGCCGACAGCUCCGCGCCAGCCUCUCCCCGACCCCGGAGAGAGAAGAGCCACCCUCUCCUAACGCGGCCGCCUUGGACCCGGCAAAGGAAGU